AUGAGAGAGAUUUGCCAUUUUCAAGUCGGACAAUGCGGUAAUCAAAUCGGUUCGAAAUUUUGGGAAGUUAUUUGCGACGAACAUGGUAUCGAUCCUACGGGUACCUAUUGCGGGGAUGCAGAUGUUCAACUUCAAAGGAUAAACGUUUAUUUUAACGAAGCCAUGAAUGGCAAAUACGUACCUAGAGGAAUAUUGGUUGAUUUAGAACCUGGAACAAUGGAUGCCGUUAGAUCGAGUUCCUUCGGUCAAAUAUUUAGACCGGAUAAUUUUGUUUUCGGUACAACCGGAGCCGGAAAUAAUUGGGCAAAAGGACACUAUACGGAAGGAUGCGAACUCAUGGAAUCCGUGCUUGACGUCAUGAGAAAAGAAGCAGAAAGUUGCGAUUGCUUACAGGGUUUUCAAUUGACGCACUCUUUAGGAGGUGGUACAGGUGCGGGUUUGGGUACGAGAUUGAUAUUAAAAAUACGAGAAGAGUAUCCGGAAAGAAUCAUGAAUACUUUCAGUGUCGUACCUUCGCCCAAAGUUUCCGACACCGUUGUCGAACCGUAUAAUGCCACGUUAUCCGUGCAUCAGUUGGUAGAAAACACGGACGAAACGUUUUGCAUAGACAACGAAGCUUUGUACGACAUUUGUUUUAGAACACUCAGGUUGACAAAUCCCACGUACGGAGAUUUGAAUCAUUUAGUUUCGGCGGCGAUGUCGGGGGUGACGACUUGUUUGAGAUUUCCCGGUCAGUUAAAUUCGGAUUUGCGUAAGCUCGCGGUGAACAUGAUACCGUUUCCCCGCCUUCAUUUUUUCAUACCCGGUUUCGCACCCUUGGUGGCAAGGUGUUCGCAACAGUAUAAGGCGCUAACCGUCGCGGAACUCACGCAGCAAAUGUUCGAUUCUAAAAAUAUGAUGGCUGCGUGCGAUCCGAGAUACGGUAAAUACAUGACGGUCGCCGCAAUUUUCCGCGGAAGAAUGUCAGUGAAAGAAGUCGACGAACAAAUGUUAAACGUACAAAAUAAAAACAGCGCGUAUUUCGUGGAUUGGAUACCGAGCAACGUUAAAACGGCCGUUUGUGACAUACCACCGAGGGGUUUGAAAAUGUCGGCGACAUUUAUCGGUAAUUCAACAGCGAUACAAGAUUUGUUCAAAAGAAUUUCCGAUCAGUUCACGGUUAUGUUCAGACGAAAAGCAUUCUUGCACUGGUACACGGGAGAAGGCAUGGACGAAAUGGAAUUCACCGAAGCCGAAAGUAAUUUAAACGAUUUGAUAUCGGAAUAUCAACAAUAUCAAGAAGCAACAUCGUACGAAUACGAUGAAGAUGAAGGAGAAGAAAACGAAGUGGAAGAAGAAGAAGAAAAGGAAAUGACGAAUUGGCUUCCGGCGUAA